AGCAAAAACCCUUUGGCUUUGACAGCCACCGCCACAAGUCUUUCCGCCUCCCUAGCCUCCCUGGGUGCUGGGAACCGGGAGCUGGAUUAUGGUGGCCUGAGCAGCCGACGCGGCCGCAAGAGCCGGGAACCCCGGUCAGUCCUCUCGCUGCGGACCCCGCCUGGAAGACCCCGAAAGCUGCAGGCUCAGAUCGCCAUGCCCGCCCCUCCCAGCCCCGCGAGGGGCCCGAGCUCCCCGCUGAGGCUGGCUGCCGCCGUCCAGAUGUAGCUGGGUCCCGGAUCGCCACCGUUCCUCUCCUCCGGUGCGCUGCGGAUUUCUCCGGCCCACUCCCCGCCGCCUGGACCCGGAUCUGAGUGAGGGGCCUGCAGGCUCUGCAGUCCUGAUGCCUCCAAGGCCGCUUUCCUGAGAGAAGCCACCGCUACCCAGACUUAGGGGCAGUCAACAAGGACAGUCGCCAACCGGAGCCGCAAGGCCCGGGCUCACCAUGGCCCCGGCGUUGAGCUGGAUCCUGCUAUGGGUGGGCUCCGGAAUGCUACCUGCCCAGGGCACCCAUCUCGGCAUCCGGCUGCCCCUUCGCAGCGGCCUGGCAGGGCCACCCCUGGGCCUGAGGCUGCCCCGGGAGACCGACGAGGAAUCCGAGGAGCCUGGCCGGAGAGGCAGCUUUGUGGAGAUGGUGGACAACCUGAGGGGCAAGUCCGGCCAAGGCUACUAUGUGGAGAUGACCGUGGGUAGCCCCCCACAGACGCUCAACAUCCUGGUGGACACAGGCAGUAGUAACUUCGCAGUGGGGGCUGCCCCACACCCUUUCCUGCACCGCUACUACCAGAGGCAGCUGUCCAGCACAUACCGAGACCUCCGAAAGGGUGUGUAUGUGCCCUACACCCAGGGCAAGUGGGAGGGGGAGCUGGGCACUGACCUGGUGAGCAUCCCUCAUGGCCCCAACGUCACUGUGCGUGCCAACAUCGCUGCCAUCACUGAAUCGGACAAGUUCUUCAUCAAUGGUUCCAACUGGGAGGGCAUCCUAGGGCUGGCCUAUGCCGAGAUUGCCAGGCCCGACGACUCCCUGGAGCCCUUCUUUGACUCACUGGUGAAGCAGACACACAUUCCCAAUGUCUUUUCCCUGCAGCUCUGUGGCGCUGGUCUCCUCCUCAACCAAACUGAGGCACUGGCCUCAGUGGGAGGGAGCAUGAUCAUUGGCGGUAUCGACCACUCGCUAUACACGGGCAGUCUCUGGUACACACCCAUCAGGCGGGAGUGGUACUAUGAAGUGAUCAUUGUACGUGUGGAAAUCAACGGUCAAGAUCUGAAAAUGGACUGCAAGGAGUACAACUAUGACAAGAGCAUCGUGGACAGUGGCACCACCAACCUUCGUUUGCCUAAGAAAGUGUUUGAAGCUGCAGUCAAGUCCAUCAAGGCAGCCUCUUCGACGGAGAAGUUCCCGGAUGGCUUUUGGCUAGGAGAGCAGCUGGUGUGCUGGCAAGCAGGCACCACCCCCUGGAACAUUUUCCCAGUCAUCUCACUUUACCUCAUGGGUGAGGUCACCAAUCAGUCCUUCCGCAUCACCAUUCUUCCUCAGCAAUACCUGCGGCCAGUGGAAGAUGUGGCCACAUCCCAAGAUGACUGUUACAAGUUCGCCAUCUCACAGUCAUCCACGGGCACUGUUAUGGGAGCUGUCAUCAUGGAAGGUUUCUAUGUGGUCUUUGAUCGGGCCCGAAAGCGAAUUGGCUUUGCUGUCAGCGCUUGCCAUGUGCACGACGAGUUCAGGACGGCGGCAGUGGAAGGGCCUUUUGUUACGGCAGACAUGGAAGACUGUGGCUACAACAUUCCACAGACAGAUGAGUCGACACUUAUGACCAUAGCCUAUGUCAUGGCUGCCAUCUGCGCCCUCUUCAUGUUACCACUCUGCCUCAUGGUAUGUCAGUGGCGCUGCCUACGCUGUCUGCGCCAUCAGCAUGAUGACUUUGCUGAUGACAUCUCCCUGCUGAAAUAAGGAGGCCUGUGGGCAGAUGACAGAGAUUCCCCUGGACCACAUCUGGGUGGUUCCCUUUGGUCACACAAGUUGGAGACACAGAUGGUACCUGUGGCCAGAGCACCUCAGGACCCUAACCAACCUGCCAAAUGCUUCUGCUUUGAAAGAAAAGGGAAAGCUGGCAAGUUGGGUUACAGGGCUUGCCCCUGUCGGAAACAGAGGAGGAAAGAAAGCAGCAUUCUGGUGGCAGGAAUACCCUUAGUCACCUCAAACUUGAGUUGGAAAUUCUGCUGCUUGAAGCUUCAGCCCUGACCCUCUGCCCAGCAUCCUUUAGAUUCUCCAACCCAAAGUAUUCUUUCUGUCCUCCCAGAAGUACUGGUGUCACACCCAGGCUACCCGGCAUGUGUCCCUGUGGUACCCUGGCAGAGAAAGGGCCAAUCUCAUUUCCCUGCUGGCCCCAGUCAGCAGAAGAAAAUGCAGUUUGUCAGUUGCUUUAGUGAUAGGGACUGCAGGAUCAAGUCUACACUGAUGCAAAGACUGCUUCUUGAGUUAAACAAAAACCAAUGUGAUGUGAUGUUUGUGCUCCUGGAGGCAGUCAAGAUGAGGAGACAGGGCAGAGACAGAGGAAGGAGUCGGUAACAAAGCUAGGAAAGGCAGAAAUAUAAUCACUUUUCAGUCCCAAGUGUCAACUCAUCUCCAAGACAGAAGCCCAUCUGGACUAAGAGAGGUGUCAUUCCCCAAUGUGUCUGUGGUUGCAGCCUGAACUGAAAUGAGAUGGGAAAAGGGCUUCUUAGCCAAAGAGCUCUGUGUAAAGCUCUCUUCAAGGAACAGUGCUCAUGAGAAAGUCCCACUGGACAGAUGAAUUCCUACCUUGUUAAAUUCCACCUGUCUCUACCUGCUUCUUCUAUAUGCUAGGUGGUACUGGAAUGUCCCAACCCCAAGGUCCCAGGUGCCCUAUGGGACAACAGUUAGAAUACUGCAGGGCUGGGGACUGCCUUGCCAGCAUAGGUUCACUCCAACCGAGGUGCUAAAAGGAACAGAUAGGAGAGUUCUCGUAUCUGCUCCACAAAGGCAGAAUCCUGACAAUUCAUUCAGAAGGUAUAGGGUUGAUGCCUUUGCCUCUGCCUGGAUUUCAUUUUUAUUUCAUUUUUCUUGCCCAGUGGUACAAAGUGGUAGGAUCUUUAUGGAGUACUGAGUUCAUUACUUUCAUAUCCUCUCCGGUGGCCCCUUUAUUUAUCUGGCUGAGGCAUCAUCACACAUUGGCUAGUAUUAAACCACUGUAAGAAACAAGAGGGCUUUCUGGUCCUGUGUCAAUGCCUUCAGUAUCUAGGCUGCCUGGGGAAAGGACAGCAGCCUCAGGGCUUCCUUACCCCCUUCUCUGCCUUUUCCUGAUAGAGCAGUCUUCUUCCUGCUCUCUGCUGCCCCCCAACAGUACGUGGGUACCCAGGCUGGUUCUUGGGCUAGGUAGUAGGGGCCACACUCAUUUCUACCCCCCGUCAGUUCUAACACAACAGACAUGAAACCAGUGUUAGUGGGAGGAGCAGAAUCAUCCUGGGAUACCUGCUGAUCCUAUCCCUACAUGCUCUGCACACUGCUUUCAGGUAGGGACCUGCCAAGCGUGGAAUUAGCUGAUGAGGGAGGGAGAGGGACACAUGCAGGGCCUCUGGAGUUGCUGGCCCCAGCCAGCUGCCCACAAGCCAUAAACUAAUAAACUAAGAAUACUGAGUCGCAGUCUUUCAGCUGGGUUCUCUUCAUUCCCCUGCACUGGUGCUGCUCUGGCCGAGUGGGACACCCUACAACCACAAAGACUGCAGGGAGAGUGCAGCCUGUCCACCUCCAGCUCAGAACCUACAGUGUAAAUAAGCCUCCAGUCACUACCAUGAAAUGAAAAUGCCGUGUUCUGCUUCAUAAUUUCCACCUAUGUUGGGGAAAACUGGCUUUUUCCCAUCUUUUUCCAGGGUGGGGAGAAGACACUCAACCUAGUUGUUAUUUACCCUAGUAACUGGUGUUCUAUUUUUUUUUAAAGGGGAAAUUUGCAUUUAUUUUUCUUUUGAUGGUUAAUUCCUUUGUAUCAUAAAUCUAUGAACUAUGAUGUGUAAAACAGAAAAACCAAUCUUGACAACAGCUUCUUGCUUGUAAAAAUAUGUGUUAUAUAGCUCUAUUUUUAAAGUCUCCUGAAAAAUUACUGGCCUAUCUCCACGCUGCAUGUGGGCUUUUGCCACUGGUCUGCAUGGAUUGUACCGAGGCCCAGUGGGCAGAGGUGAUGGGGAGCAGGGAUGCAAAAUUUGAGAGUGUUUCUCUGCAAGAAAUAGAGCCACACUGACGAGGUUCCAGCUGCAGGGACCCACUCUUCAAAAUGGAGCCUUCCUGGAGCUUGGUAUUCAUCCUUGCUUUUUUCUCUCUACUAUUUUAGCUUCAAAGAUGUUUUUUGGAAAAGAAGAGUAAUUAAAAAAAAUUUUUUUUUGA